UGCCCAUUGCAACUGGACAUGAGAAGAGGAGCUUGAAGCUGAAUUGGAGGUGAUUGCUUAUGUUUUUCUUUAUCUAAUGCAAUUUAAGAUCUGAGUAUGAUACAAUUGUGUUUAAUUUGUUUUACUGCAACUCCACUUGCGAACAUGACUUUUAUUUCAUGUUCAUUUUUGGUAUAACACAAUGGUGUAUAUAUCUCUGCUUCAUAGUUCUCCAGUUUAAAUCUGAGGAGCUUAGGGUUGAAGAGAGUAGUAAUACAGCGACGGAAAGGAAAGAAGGUGGUAGAGAUGUCGUAGUCGCUGAAUCUGAGGAGCUUAGGAUUGAAGAGAGUAGUAAUACGGUGGAGGAGAGUGAAACUGAAGCAGAGAAUGAAGAGAAAACAGAGUUGACUAUUGAAGAAGACGAUGAUGAUUGGGAAGGAAUUGAGAGAGGCACAGCCCAUGGCCGUCAUGGUCACUGCUCGUGCCAAAUGGUGUCAUUGACGAAUCAGGAAAGGCAAAAUGAGCAACUGAAAAGAGUAGCUUCGCUACAAGUAAGAAAGCUUCUACAACAAAGGCUUAUUCUUUUGUAUGAUCCAAGACUUUAGGCUAUGAAGAUUAGUUAUUUUAUUGUAUGUAAUACAGGUUAUGUAUGUUUUGUAUAAUGAAUGUUUUUGAUAAUUUAUGCAAUAAAAAAAAAAUUAUAUAA